UUGAUGGUACUUUUUCAAAAACUUUCUGUUUCUUUUGAUUAUUCAUGUAAAUUUUUCAUUUAUUCGGAAUUCGGAUGUUCAAUGUGAGAUAACUAAUGAUUAAUUAUGGCUCGUGUAGAGUAACUACGUUUUCUGAAAUUCUCGUGAAAAGUAGACGGUAAAAGUUGAAAGAUUCUUAUCACUGUUGCUCUGUACACUGGUCGGGUCGCUGUUCGCUGAUCAGCCUACUGAACAGAAACUUGAACGAAGAAGUGAUUUUCUUUUCUUUCUACUUCCUGUGAUAUGAUGAAUAAUCAAUUAUUAUGAAAAUAAUUGUAACCUAGCAAAUCAACGAAAGAAGAAACCUCAAACAUCACACCAAAGUCUGUGCAGUCAAAUCAAGAUAUCUUCUCACUGCUACAUAAUCCUGAAUAGUUGAUAAAGUUUUAUACCUCAAGUUAUUUCAAUGCGAAUAUUCAAAAUAUUCGAAAACAAUUCAUGAAAAAUUCAUUUUCUGUUUAUUACUUAUGCUUUAUAAGAUCUCGCUUGUAAUGGUUACUUGAACAGAAGUGUGUUAUGGUGAACUCGAUAUUUUUGGCCAUUUCGAUGUAUCCUGUUUGAUAUUUUUCGUAGUGAGGUUGUUUUCUGUAUGAAACUUGAAUAAUGCUUCCGAACGAUCAGCCUUGCAGCACUGUAACAGCAUCCACUUCCGAAGAGGAGAAAUGCGAUACUCCGGAAUAUAAUUCCAAAUUAUUAAUUCAGAAGAAAGGCAAAAAAACAUGGCGAGAGUUCAAAGAGAUAGUUGACGAAUUGAGAAAACAGCUAUCAUCGUUGUCGACUCUGGCUCCCACAUCGAUUUGUUUUCGAACGUAUUCGGAUGGCAGAACGCGAAUAUUUUUCUUAGGCUGUCCUGUCAACGGCUUGGAAACUACCUUACUGUAUACCGAUAUCCCUAAGGAUGAGAAUACGCAGCCCGAUGCUCAAUUACAUUGGUAUCCGGUCAUCGAAAGUAUAGCUACAACGUCCAAGUUUUCCCACGAAGAACAACUUAUGUUGGAGAGAAAAAGACUGGCUACAUGGGGCAUUACUUCUUUCGAAUUACACGAGGAAUCCGGCAGAUUGGUUUUUCCAACCUCUAGUACGCUUUUCCAUUGCACUGAUAACGGCUUCUCCAAAGGUCCGCUGUUUCCGACUGAAUUGCGUACGAAUGCGAACGGAGCCAAGUUAUCUGCGCAAAUUUGUCCCUCCAAUUCGGAUCUUGUGGCGUAUAUUUGUAACUGCGAUAUAUGGCUAUCGCAUACAGUGACAGGCAGUACUCAUAGAUUAACUUAUGCUCAUAAAGGAGGCAAAAACGUAGCCGACGAUCCACUCGUUGCCGGACUUCCAUCUUAUGUAAUGCGGGAAGAAUUUGAUAGAUAUCAAGGCUAUUGGUGGCAGCCACACUCCAAUGGAACUGUAUAUAGAAUUUUGUACGAAGAAACAGACGAAAGUGAGGUGAAAAUUUAUAAUUUUCCUUCGACCAAUUCGAAUGGAAUGGGCGAUAUCGAACAGUACAGAUUUCCCAGAGCCGGAACUGCCAACUCUAAAUCUAAUUUAAAACUUAUAGAAUUCUCAUUGAACGAAAAUCUACAAAUCGUUCAAAUAAAAAAUUUAGAAUUACAGUACCCUCUGUCGUACAUGUUUCCUUGGAUGGAGUACAUGGUUAGAGCCGGGUGGGCACCUAACAAAGACGCAAUUUGGGUUCAGUUAUUGGAUAGAAGACAGCAACGGCUCGAGUUGGUAUUAUUAUCUGUCGAAAAUUUCACCGAACCUCCGCCCAAUAUGUAUUAUAUCGAAAGUCACCUUCCGCCUGCGUCUCCUCCAGCCCAUAUAAUUUAUUCGCAAACUUCGGAUGUUUGGAUUAACGUUCACGAUAUGCUGUACAUGUUCCCAAUCACAAACACCGGAGAAGUUACCAUUAUUUGGGCUAGUGAAGAAACUGGCUACCGACAUUUGUAUUUGAUUACUAGUUUACUGCCUAGACCCGGAGUAACCAAUGGUUUUUCAAAUCCGUUUGACUCUGGUGAUAAUAAUUCAUACGAUUCGAAUGAUAGUUUGGUUGUUACUCAUGUCGCAUUGACAAGCGGUGAAUGGGAAGUCCUUAGGAGACCAUUAUGGGUAGAUAUUGAUAGGCAAUUACUGUAUUUUAUGGCUUUAAGAGAAUCUCCUUUGGAGAAACAUUUAUACGUCGUUUCAUUGAGAAGGCCCGGAGAAAUUAAAUUACUAACGAGACCCGGAUUUUCUUAUGUCGUCGAGUUCAAUAAGGAUUGCACCAUGUGUGUAGCCAUUUAUAGCAAUAUCAGACAGUUACCAGCUUGUCAAGUGUUCCGGAUAACUCACACAGAUCACACCGUGCAAGGUGUUCAUCUGAUAUCAGUUGGAUAUCUACUGGAGCCGAUAGAAAUUUUAUAUCGGAAUUUAAAAAUUUCAGAGAGCGAUUUACUUCCUCCUGAACUAUACAGACAUCAAAUUCGUUCUGGUGAAACUUUAUACGCCAUGGUGUUCCGUCCUCAUUGUUACCAACCAGGUAAAAAAUAUCCGACCGUGUUGAGUAUUUACGGAGGCCCUGAAGUUCAAUUAGUAUCAAAUACCUUCAAGGGCAUGAGGCACCUAAGAAUGCACAUGUUGGCGUCUCAAGGCUAUUGUGUGAUACAGAUCGAUUCUAGGGGAUCACAGCAUCGUGGCCUUCGAUUUGAAAGCCACCUAAGAGGGAAAAUGGGUACGAUUGAGCUGUCGGAUCAAGUAGAAGUUCUCGAGUGGUUAGCUGAGACGUUGAAUUAUAUCGAUAUGAGUCGUAUUGCAGUAAAUGGUUGGUCGUAUGGCGGAUACUUGAGUAUUAUGGCGUUGGCUAAAUAUCCGCAUAUUUUCAAAUUAGCCAUUGCCGGUGCUCCGGUGACAUCUUGGUCAUUGUACGAUACCGGAUACACCGAACGAUAUAUGGAUUUGCCUCAACACAAUCAACUUGGUUAUAAAACUGGAUCCGUUUUAAGUUACGUUAGUCAGCUACCUGAAGAGGAAAAUAGACUACUUAUUGUGCACGGGCUUAUAGACGAAAACGUACACUUUCAUCAUACGAGUCAAUUGAUUAACGCUUUAGUGAGACAAUGUAAACCAUAUCAACUGCAAAUUUAUCCGAAUGAAAGACAUAGUUUGAGGAGCAUAGAUGCCAGUAAACAUUACGAAACUACUUUGUUAUCAUUUUUGCAGAAUCAUUUAUAACAAAUUAGCUUAUAAAUGGUGUGUUAACACUUGUUUAUUUAUCUUUUUUCAUGUCGUACCAUUAUAUAAAUUGUUAAUAUGUAUAGGCUGUGGGUAAAAUUGUUCAGAUUAAACGAAUAGUUUAUUGUUAUUGUU